GAUUUCUGCAUCAUGCAAGUUAUAAGUCUGGAUACAGAAAAGUCUUCUGAGAGAAUUAUGAGAGACUGCAUAUAAUCCUAUUCUCACUUGGAAUCGUUAACCACUUUUCAGCUUUCACUCUCACUACGUAGCGAGAGAAUAACCUAAUAAAAAGCAGGAUGGGAGGCGACGGCGCGAUUGAAGGCGGCGUGCGGAGGCGAGGGUGCACGUUCCGUCGAAACGACUUCUUCCCGGAGGAGUCGUUCAAGAGUUGGGGAAACUACGCGAGAGCGGUGAUGGAGACGCCGUCGCGGCUGAAGGAUCGCGUGCUGGCCCGAUCGGAGGACCACGCCGAGGUGGUGGAGAUGAAGGCUCGGAGCAGCCACGAGAUGAAGAAGACGCUCAACUGGUGGGACCUCAUGUGGUUCGGGAUCGGCGCCGUCAUCGGCUCCGGCAUAUUCGUCCUCACCGGCCUCGAGGCCAAGACGGAGGCCGGACCCGCCGUGGUGCUCUCCUACGUCGUUUCCGGCGUCUCCGCCUUGUUCUCCGUCUUCUGCUACACCGAGUUCGCCGUCGAAAUUCCCGUCGCAGGAGGAUCAUUUGCGUACUUAAGAGUAGAACUGGGAGACUUCGUGGCCUUCAUAGCUGCCGGAAACAUCCUCCUUGAGUACGUAAUAGGCGGCGCGGCCGUGGCUCGGUCAUGGACCUCUUAUUUCGCCACCCUCUGUGGCAAACACCCCGACGACUUUCGUAUAAUAGUCCACAACAUGAACCCCGACUACGGCCAUCUCGACCCUAUUUCCAUCGCAGUCCUCAUCGCCAUCACCACCCUCGCAGUCUACAGCACCAAAGGCUCUUCCAUCUUCAACUUCAUCGCCACUAUCAUCCACUUACUCAUCAUCGCCUUCAUCAUAAUCGCUGGCCUCACCAAGGCCAACCCUGCAAACUACACCGACUUCGACCCUUUCGGAGUCCGUGGCAUAUUCAAAGCCUCAGCUGUUCUUUUCUUCGCUUAUGUUGGCUUCGAUGCAGUCGCAACCAUGGCUGAAGAAACCAAGAACCCCGCUAAGGACAUUCCCAUUGGUCUUGUGGGCUCAAUGGUGAUCACCACCUUGGCAUAUUGCUUGCUAGCAGUGACACUAUGCCUCAUGCAAAACUACAUCGACAUCGACAAAGAUGCUCCCUAUUCGGUUGCAUUUAGCGCUGUGGGAAUGGAUUGGGCUAAGUACAUUGUUGCAUUUGGUGCGUUGAAGGGAAUGACCACUGUGUUGUUGGUCAGUGCAGUGGGUCAAGCUCGUUACCUAACCCACAUUGCACGCACCCACAUGAUGCCUCCUUGGUUCGCUCAUGUUGAUGAGAGAACUGGCACACCCAUGAACGCCACAAUCUCGAUGCUUGCAGCCACAGCUGUGAUUUCUUUCUUCACUGAUCUUCAGAUUCUCUCAAGCCUCUUGUCUAUUUCCACUCUUUUCAUCUUCAUGCUUGUAGCCUUGGCGCUUCUAGUGCGUCGCUAUUACUCAAGCGGGGUAACCACAAAGAAGAAUCAAGUGAGGCUCAUCCUGUGCCUUGUGCUGAUUGUUGGUUCUUCAUGUGGCAUUUCUGGUUAUUGGGCAAGCAGUGAUGGUUAUGUUGGGUAUGCUAUUUGUGUGCCGUUGUGGAUUUUAGGAACUGGAGGUAUUUGGUUCUGGGUUCCGCAGGCUAAGAAACCCAAACUGUGGGGGGUGCCCUUGGUUCCGUGGCUACCUUCUUUGUCUAUUGCUAUCAACAUAUUCCUUCUUGGGUCUAUUGAUAGGGAUUCGUUUAUCAGGUUUGGGGUGUGGACAGGGUUGCUCUUGGUGUACUAUGUGCUAUUGGGGUUACAUGCUUCUUAUGACACAGCCAAAGGGUUUGAGAGCCAAAAAAGUUCUGUCCAAGUUGAGAAGGAGUGGAACCAGGUGGAGGAAGGGGCAAAAGGGGAAGUGUCUCUUGCAACGGUUUCGAAUGAUUGAUAUGCAAAAGGGUUGAUGAGAGAACUGUGUAACUAGUCAUUAGGCUUUUGCAAAUAAUUUCUUUACUUUUGUAUUGUGUGAGUGAGUUUGUUAUUUAUGCUCAAUAUUAUCUGUAGUCUGUAGAGGAUGUUUGGACAACUCUUUUAUUUUAAAUAUUUUAUUAAUAUCUAUUUUUUUUUAUGUCUUUUUUC